UUUUCACAAAACACUGGGAGCUCGAAAAAAAUCACGAAAAUCGACUAAAAAUCCAGGAAAACUCCCGCAAAUCUCGCAACUGAGCCAUUAAAUCGCACGUCGAGCCGCCAAAGUUUCGUGCCGGAAGUGAAAUUACUUCUGAACGCACAUCGCGAGCCCCAGAAAUGACAAUUACAAAAAUUUUCUCGUCCUAGAUUUGAGCCAGAGUGAAUUUUUGAUCGAGAGAAAACGAGCUUAACAGAUGUUAAAAACACCCAGAGCCCGAUUCAAGCAGUAAAAUUUUUCAAGGUUAUUGCUACUACUGUUCGCACACAAGCAAAAGCGAGAAUGAGUCAAGCUCGUGUUGGCUUAUAGAACAGCUUAAGAUAAGAUUUUCCCGUAAAAAAACGAGACAACUUGGCAAAAUUGGCACAAAAACCCACAAAAAAAGUGAAAUUAGGCGAUGAAUAUUGGCGGAAGUAGUGGAAGUUCGUCGAGUGAUAUGCCUCCAGCCCCGAAACAAGUCACCGUGAAGCAUCCGGAGUCGAACAAGCCGAAGCCAACAACGAAAAAAGGGAAACCCGUGCAGGCGGAUCUCGAUGUCAUCAAGGAAUUUCAGCGGUGUCGCGACGAAAACAUCGAACGUUUGGACCUCAGCAAGUCCAGCAUCACGAUAAUUCCGCCCGCGGUGAAGGAUUGCACGUGUCUCGUCGAAUUCUACUUGUAUGGCAACAAAAUUUCGCAAUUACCACCCGAAAUCGGCAAUUUGCACAAUUUAAAAACGUUGGCGCUGAACGAAAAUUCGCUCACAUCACUUCCGGCGACGCUGCAAAACCUCAAGCAGCUCAAAGUGCUCGAUUUGCGACACAACAAACUCUCCGAAAUUCCCGAUGUGAUAUACAAACUGACAACAUUGACGACGCUUUACUUGCGUUUCAACAGAAUUCGCGUCGUCGGCGACAACUUACGCAAUUUAACGAAUUUGACAAUGUUGAGCUUGCGCGAAAACAAAAUCCGCGAACUUACGUCGUCGAUUGGGCAUUUAGUGAAUUUGACCACUUUUGACAUUUCGCAUAACCAUUUGGAGCAUUUGCCGGAGGAGAUUGGAAAUUGUGUGAAUUUGAGUGCGCUCGAUUUGCAGCAUAACGAGUUGCUCGAUAUCCCCGAGACGAUAGGAAAUUUGCAGAAUUUGACCCGUUUAGGGUUGCGGUACAAUCGGUUGACGUCAAUUCCGCAAUCCCUAAAGAACUGCAACCACAUGGAUGAGUUCAAUGUCGAGGGAAAUGGCAUUUCGCAACUUCCCGAUGGGCUUUUGGCGAGUUUGAGCAAUUUGAAUAGCAUCACGUUGUCCCGCAAUAGUUUCCAUAGUUAUCCGGCGGGAGGUCCCGCCCAAUUUACGAACGUGACGAGUAUUAAUUUGGAACAUAAUCAAAUCGACAAGAUACCUUACGGGAUUUUUUCGCGUGCCAAGGGCUUGGCAAAGUUAAAUAUGAAGGAAAAUGUCUUGACAUCACUCCCCCUGGAUAUCGGCACCUGGAUUCACAUGGUAGAGCUGAAUUUGGGCACGAAUUCGUUGGUUAAGCUGCCCGAUGACAUUCAUUGCUUGCAAAAUUUGGAAGUUCUCAUCUUGUCAAAUAACAUGCUGAAGAAAAUCCCAAACACCAUCGGAAAUUUACGAAAAUUACGAGUUUUGGACUUGGAAGAGAACCGUUUGGAAUCGCUACCGAGCGAAAUUGGCUUGUUACAUGACCUGCAAAGACUUAUUUUGCAAUCCAAUCAAUUAAAUACGCUGCCACGGACCAUCGGGCAUCUCACGAACCUCACUUACCUCUCGGUUGGCGAGAAUAAUUUACAAUUUUUGCCCGACGAGAUCGGCACCUUGGAAAAUCUCGAGAGUUUGUACAUCAACGAUAACCCGCAACUCAUCAAAUUACCGUACGAGUUGGCACUUUGCCAGAAUUUGGCGAUUAUGAGUAUCGAAAAUUGUCCGUUGAGUGCAAUUCCGCCAGAAGUGGUCAGCGGAGGCCCGUCUCUCGUUAUCCAAUACUUGAAGUUACAUUCCCCCUACAGACAAAUGUGAUUCGGCAAUGUCGAGCGCAUUCAUACGUGGCUCCAACAAGGUAUGUCCUCCUCUUCUGAUCAAAAUAACGCCGAUGCAUCCGAUGUCAUCGAGAUACAAAUUACGAGUCAUUAUAAGUUUGUUAUCAAAAUUGGCGGCACUGAAUUUUGUGUCUACGAGAAAAAUGUCAAGAGAUCUAAUGCGGGUCUGUAAAAAACAAAAGCUCAAUCAAGCUCAGAUUUUUUAUUUUUUUUUUCACAAGUAGUCAUUUUUUUAGUAUUUAUUUUUUUUAAAUAUUUUUUUACACAGUUUAUAGUUUUUAAAGAAAAAAAAACAUGAAAUCACAAGAAAUAACAAUCAGUUUACUCUGAUAUAAAAUGAGAAAAAAAGUAAACGUAUAUUCUAGUCUACUAUUCAUUGUAAGAUUUUUACACAAGAUUAUAUUAAUAUUAUGUAUUGUAUAUGAUAUUAAAGCGUAAAUAUUUAGAAUAGUUUAUUUUGC